AGGAAUUACGGAUUAACACUUCUAAUUCUCAAAUCUGUCUAUUUUCCAGACUGCAGCAAAACGGUAUUGUCCAUCAUGAGAUGUACUUCGAAGACUGCACUUCACCUUCUGUCCAAUUGAUGGAGAGAUUCUUGAAGAUUGCAGAAAAGGCGGGAAUUGUUGCUGUUCACUGCUAUGCAGGACUCGGACGCACAGGAACACUCAUAUCUGCCUUCUUGAUCAAGCACACUGACUUCACGGCUCUGGAAGCAGUCGCUUGGCUGAGGAUCUUGCGUCCGGGAAGUGUGAUUGGACGUCAACAGGAUUUCCUACAGCAACAUGAGCAGUUGCUGAAGAAGGCGGGAAGGCAGAAGUGA